AUGGCGCACUUCUGCGCGUGUCCCCUGUGGCUGGAGAAGAGCUUCAUCUUGGACGGAGUGGCCGUGAGUACCAUGGCCCGCACCUAUGAGCACGUGAGGCCCAAGCUCUGGUCGGCGAUUCCACCCUACAACGCUCAGCAGGACUACCACGCCCGCCAGUACUUCCGGAGCCGCGUGGUUCCGCCCAUCUUGCGGAAAACUGGUCAGGGUAAUGGCGGUACAGGAAGGGAUGGCUGGAUAGUGGAUUAUUUCCGUAUCUUCGGGAAAGAGCAGAGAUACCUCAACAGGAGAAACUGGGCAGGGGCAGGGCAUUCCCUCCAGCAGGUGACCGGACAUGACCACUAUAAUGCCAAUCUGAAAGCGACCCAGGGGUUCAAUGGUCGGUUUGGCUAUCGCCGGAACACCCCAGCCCUCCGCCAGCGCCCAUCUGUCUUUGGAGAGGUCACCCAAUUCCCUCUCUACUAACAGCAGCUCUUCUCUUCACACUCCUCGACCUGAAUUUCUAAGAUGUGUAUAU